AUGCGAAACCGUAUUGUGAUAUGCCUUAUUGAUGUCAUUUUAGUGGCUACAGUCAACCUAUGGGCAGUUGUCGUCGAAGCAUCUGAUGACGAAGAUCGUUUAAUAGCUCAUAUUUUGAAAAAUGUUAAUCCACUUAUACGCCCUGUAAUGAACGCUUCAUCGCCACCAUUGAUCGUCAGUAUGACUGUACAGCUUGUCUACAUCAUCAAAGUUAUCGAAAGAAAUCAGAUUAUGCAUACCAACGUUUGGCUAACAUUGCAAUGGAAAGAUUUUCAAAUGCGAUGGAAUCCGGUACAUUUUGGUGAGUUAAAAAAAGUACGUGUCGCAUCUGAUAAAGUUUGGUUACCGGAUAUUGUGCUUUUCAAUAAUGCUGAUGGAAAUUAUGAAGUAUCGUUUAAACCAAAUGUUGUUAUUGAAUAUACGGGUCAAAUGUUAUGGGUUCCACCAGCCAUUUACAAAUCUUCUUGUAUUAUCGAUGUCGAAUUUUUCCCCUUUGAUGAACAACAGUGCCAUAUGAAUUUUGGAUCUUGGACAUACAAUGAAAAUGAAAUAAAACUUGACUUUGUGGAAGGAGCAUAUAUGGAUAUAUCAGAAUAUCGAACCAGCUCAAGUUGGGAUUUAAUUGACGCACCGGCUAGUCUAGUAAAGAAUAAAUCCUGGAUAGAAUACCAAAUAAUUAUAAGAAGAAAAACAUUGUUUUAUACAGUGAUGCUUAUCAUUCCAACAGUAUUGAUGGCUUUCCUCAGCGUUGUUGUCUUCUGCUUACCUACAGAUUCACGAGAAAAAAUAACGUUAACGAUUCAACUACUACUUUCAAUUGUUGUUUUCUUGUUAUUGGUUUCAAAAAUAUUGCCACCCACUUCUUCAACAAUUCCUUUGAUGGCCAAAUAUUUACUGCUAACAUUUGUAUUGAAUGUUAUCACUAUUUUGGUUACCGUUGUCGAUAUCAACGUAUAUUUUCGUGAUCCAUCAACUCAUUCAAUGCCUGAUUGGGUUCGCUUCAUAUUUCUCGAGUUUAUGCCAAAAAUGCUUUGUUUGAAAAAACCACGAUCAGCGUUUCACAAAUUUGUUCGUGAAACACAAAACGUACAGUGCAGGAGGAAGUCAUCAGCAUCACGACCACAUCCGGUCCUGCAAAUGAACUUGCACCAUCCGCUUUGUUCAACAGUUGGAAAUAAUCUGGAUAUCAAAAAAAAUUCGAGUAAACCCAGCGAUCCAGUACCGGCGAUCGAACUGACUCAUGUUAAUCGUAUUAAUGAGGCGCUGGGUGAGCGAGAUCCAAUAACCACACCAUUUUACCCGUUAACCAAAGAAGCUAUAGAUGCUAUCAAUGCGAUUGAAUAUAUCACAGAAUAUAUCAAAGAGAAUGAAGAACAAAAAAUGAAGCGUGAAGACUGGAAGUAUGUUGGAUUGGUCAUUGAUCGCUUUUUGCUUUAUAUAUUUGUUGGUAUAACACUUGGUGGUACGCUUGGUAUACUCCUGUCAGCACCACAUAUUCUUGAAACAGUGGAUCAGAAGAAAAUUAUUGAUGAAAUUAGGCAUCAUUAUACAAGGAAUGACCUGUAA